UCUGUGGAGGUGGCCCAGGCGAUUGUCCCUGAGCUGAGCGCAUCACCCUGUCCCCAAAUCCUUUCCUGUUUUGUUUUUUCAUUCCCCUCCUCCCUUUCUCUCUCGCUCUCUCUCUCUCUCCAUCCCUCCCCUCCCCCACCCCCCAGUCCGCGACGACUGGCUCUUGACCCUGUUCAGGCCUCGGUGAAGGCAUUUGGUUACGUCCUUUUCACCCCAUCCUUUAAUUCUUUUAUUUUGAAGAGUGCAUUUCAAGCUGCCAGUGUGAUUACAGAUGGAAAUUCAGGUCCUGGUUAAAUCGUCAUCUCUAGUGUAAUGGGAUACAGAGUAAUCAGUAAAAUAAAUUUAAAUUGCUUUAUGUCUUAAUUUGUAUAACAUAAAUAUGUAAUUUUAAAGGAAUAACUUUUGAUCUACGGUUUAUUUUUAAAGGUUAAUCCACAGUAUUUAGAAUACAAUAGAAUUGUCUGUGUUAUGAAACUUUAAACUGAGUUUGUGUUUUUUAGUAGAGCUUAGACAGAAUAGUUGCUAGCCCUUAUAAGAACCUCCGGAUGCAACAGUAGUAACAACAGUAAUGUAUCUAAUGACAGUAGGUAUCAGAAAGGUAAAAGAUAUUCCAGGGUACUAUAUACCAUAAGAAGGACUGGCAAAUUGUGACACAUCUCUUUUCAUAUGUAGAGACUUUCUGGAACAUUAUUGGGUUUUGUUCUUUCAUACAUUGUCCAUGAAGCCAUCCUACAGAGUUUACUAGUUGCAGCAGAGGUUAUCAGGCUCGUGGAGAAAAAAAAAUACUGACUCUAAGACCUUUACAGGAGAAGUUUGCCAACCUCUGUCAUGCAAACUAUUUUAAGGUCCUUUACUUUAAAAUAACCAACUCUUGGUUAUUUCUUAACUAGACAGUUAUUAAAAUGUGUGCAGUAUUAAUAUUCUUUAAUAAGUGUUCUGAGAAGUAUUGAGGCGAACAACUUUUCCUUAUAGUUUAAUUUUAUACUUAAGACUACUAAAAUAAUUUGUAUAGUUUUUAUUUUUUAUGUGAUAAUUUUAUUUUUAUGUGAUAAGCAAAGGUGUGCCAUACCUAAGAGCACCAGUAAAUCACAUGAGAGAUCACCUGAUAACCCAAAUAAUGAACUGUGAUGUUCCAACUGCAUAUUGAUUCAUUGGCAGCAUUUGCUAAUUAACUGAUGUGUUGCUGUAUAUCAUCUCUUUGAUGAUUACUUCUUGCCUCUGUAGCCUAUCUUACAAUUCCAACACAUUUGUGGUACUCUAUGUCUAUCUUAAAUUAACCGUGUUUUGUACUACAAAUACAUUGCCUAUGGAUCUGUUGCUGAAACAGGGAAGUCUUAAACAAGAAGUUGAAUCUUUCUGUUAUCAAAUUGUGUCUGAAUCAAAUGAUCAAAAGGUUGGAAUAUUACAAAAUGAAGGUGAACAGCUGCAGCCUUCAGUUUCUAAAAACUCAGAAGGUGAGCUCUCCAGAGUCAAAUUUAUGUCCAAUUCCAGCAAAAUAACAUCAUUUAGUAAGAAACCAAAGAGAAGAAAAUAUGAUGAGAGUUAUUUGUCUUUUGGAUUUACUUACUUUGGAAAUAGGGAUGCGCCUCAUGCUCAGUGUGUAUUAUGUAAGAAAAUUUUAUCCAACAGUUCUUUGGCCCCUAGUAAGCUUCGAAGACAUUUAGAAACAAAGCAUGCUGCACAUAAGGACAAAGACAUAAGCUUUUUCAAGCAACAUCUUGAUUCACCUGAAAAUAAUAAACCUCCAGUACCUAAAAUUAUCAGUACAGAUAAUGAAAGUGCUACAGAGGCAUCAUAUAAUGUAAGUUAUCAUAUAGCCCUCAGUGGAGAGGCUCAUACUAUUGGAGAAUUGCUUAUCAAGCCCUGUGCGAAAGAUGUUGUGAUGAGGAUGUUUGAUGAACAGUAUAGUAAAAAAAUAGAUGCAGUACAACUUUCAAACAGCACUGUUGCACGUCGAAUAAAGGAUCUGGCUGCUGACAUUGAAGAAGAGCUUGUUUGUAGAUUGAAAAUUUGUGAUGGGUAUUCACUGCAGCUAGAUGAAUCGGCUGAUGUUUCAGGACUUGCUGUACUGCUUGUGUUUGUUCGGUAUAGGUUUAAUAAGUCGAUUGAGGAAGAUCUGCUCUUAUGUGAGUCUUUGCAGAGUAAUGCCACUGGUGAAGAAAUUUUUAACUGUAUCAACAGUUUUAUGCAGAAACAUGAAAUUGAAUGGGAAAAAUGUGUUGAUGUUUGUAGUGAUGCUUCUAGGGCAAUGGAUGGAAAAAUUUCUGAGGCUGUCACCUUGAUAAAAUACGUGGCUCCUGGAAGCACCAGUCAUCACUGUCUGUUAUAUCGACAAGCACUAGCAGUAAAAGUAAUGCCUACAUCUCUGAAAAACGUGCUAGAUCAGUCAGUACAAAUCAUCAAUUAUAUUAAAGCUCGACCCCAUCAAUCCAGAUUACUAAAAAUUUUAUCUGAAGAAAUGGGUGCUCAGCAUACAGCACUUUUUCUUAAUACAGAGGUGAGGUGGCUUUCUCGAGGGAAAGUUCUUGUAAAACUUUUUGAGCUUAGGCGUGAACUAUUGGUUUACAUAGAUUCUGCAUUCCGGCUAUCUGAUUGUUUAACAAAUUCAUCUUGGCUGCUAAGACUUGCAUAUCUUGCAGAUAUUUUUACUAAAUUAAAUGAGGCUAAUCUGUCAAUGCAAGGGAAAAAUGUGACAGUUUUUACAGUAUUUGAUAAAAUGUCAUCAUUGUUAAGGAAAUUGGAGUUUUGGUCAUCAUCUGUAGAAGAAGAAAACUUUGAUUGUUUCCCUACACUCAGUGACUUUGUGACUGAAAUUAAUUCUACAGUUGAUAAGGAAAUCUGUAGUGCUAUUGUGCAGCAUCUAAGGGGCUUGCGCUCUACCCUAUUAAAAUAUUUUCCAGUAGCAAAUGACAGUAAUGCUUGGGUUAGAAACCCUUUUACUAUAACUGUUAAACCAGCCUCAUUGGUAGCACGGGACUAUGAGAACCUUAUUGAUUUAACAUCUGAUUCUCAAGUAAAACAGAAUUUCAGUGAACUUUCACUAAAUGACUUUUGGAGUAGCCUCGUUCAAGAGUACCCCAGCAUUGCAAGGCGUGCAGUUCGUGUACUACUUCCUUUUGCUACAAUGCAUCUGUGUGAAACUGGAUUUUCAUAUUAUGCGGCAACAAAAACAAAAUAUAGGAAAAGACUUGAUGCUGCACCUCAUAUGCGGAUACGACUUAGCAAUAUUACACCUAAUAUUAAGCGGAUAUGUGAUAAAAAGACACAGAAACACUGUUCUCACUAAAAUUUGAAGAGUUUUGCAUGUCUCUUGUUAACCAAAUACAAAGAAAAUAAAAGAUGGUUUAUUUCA